ACACCUCUCCUUCAUUUACAAGCAGACAGGAAGAUGGCGGAGCGGAGCUGUGGAGGCUGUAUUGGCUGAGCUGCUGUAGGUUUAAAUGCAACAGAAGGGCACGCAGUCACCGUGGAAGCGGCCGACGUGAAGGGACAUCUUUCCCUUGUAGGAGCAGGGCGAGGUUAGCCUUUUACUGGAUUUUCUGUUCGUGUUUUUCUCUAAUCGAGAGGAGAGUGCCGAGCGAGGAGCAACGAAAACAAGUCGGACAUGAACGGGGACACUGUAUGCAACAGCCAUUCAUUCGCCCUCUUAAGCUGCACCAACUCCAUAUCAUCAGUUCAAGAUGAAAAGCCCACCAUCAGGUUGACACAGGAAGGAAAGUGCUCUCCAGUUUUGUCCUUGCAGAAUGAUGUCCAGAAGCCAGGAGAAGGAAAGACAAUGAAUACCAUCAGCACUCCAACGAAAGACCCAAAGGCAGAUUUCACAGAGAUGGAGAACAGCUACAGCCAGUGUUCACCCUGCUGGUCUGAUGAACAGCCAUCACCUCUGCAGCUCCACUGCACCGAAGCCUACCUUUGUUCUCAUCCUGAACUCUCCCUUCCCCUCAGCAAUGGCUUAACUCAUACUCCCCUACAUGCCAAUAAUGGCGGCGCUCUCCAUGGCCUCCAGAGGAGGGGAGCCCGGGUCAAGGUCAUAGGAAAGAAAUCCACUCGAAGAAUGGCAGGAGGGGAAAAUUCCCAAAACCGGAAAGUUACUGACUUCUAUCCAGUAAGACGAAGUUCAAGAAAAAGUAAAACAGAGCUCAAGUGCGAAGAAAAGAAGCUCAUAGACGAUCUCAUUACAAGUGGAAUAGAGGAAGGAAUGGAGGUGCAAUACAUAGAAGGAAAAGGGAGAGCGGUGUUUGCCACUCGGUGUUUCCAGAAAGGCGAUUAUGUGGUGGAAUACCACGGAGACCUGCUACAGAUCACCGAUGCUAAAAAGAGAGAAGCCGAAUAUGCGCAAAAUCCAGCAACCGGCUGCUACAUGUACUACUUCCAGUACCUCUGCAAAACAUACUGUGUGGAUGCUACAAAAGAGACUGGUCGAAUGGGUAGGUUGAUAAAUCACAGUAAAAAUGGGAACUGCCAAACCAAACUCCACGACAUCAACGGUGUCCCUCACCUCAUUCUCAUCGCCUCUCGAAAUAUUGACGAAGGCGAGGAGCUGCUUUAUGACUAUGGAGACCGCAGCAAAGCUUCCAUCGCUGCUCACCCCUGGCUCAAAUAUUGAUUAAGAGGUCCAGAGAAAAAGUAAAGGGAAACGUACAGUAAGACUUGUUUUUUCAUUAGCUAGUGUACAAAAGGCCUUAGAAACAGAAUGUGUACUUUUUUUCUUUUUUUUUGUUUCAAUAAUGAGGAAGCUGGGGUGUGUGAGGGUUUAGUAGACAUUUAUGGGUCCAGGUCAUGGGGGCUGAUUGGGUUCAUAUAUCACAUUUCAACUAAGGUCCAUCUGCCUUGUCAGAUGUUAUCUGUACUUUUUAUUUAUGCGUGUUUCAGAAACAUUGUUUUGUUUUGCAGCACAUUUGUUUUGUACAUUUUGUAUUACCUAUAGAGUAGUGCUUCUACAGCAUGCAGGUAGUAGUUGAUGCUCUGCAUUUUUAUACAGCUUUUUUUAAUUAGUACGUAGAUACUUGGCAAUACUUGUAUUUGCUCCCCUUUUUGAAUCAGCAGAAACUAUGAGAUGCAAAUUACAAACUCUUUUUAGAUAUGUAUUCUAUUCAAGGGGCAUCUAUUUUCAGCAAUCGGACCUCACACUCAUUGUUCAGUGGGGUAGAAUAGUUUAUCACGUUCACGGUUUAUUUGGCGUUUCAGGGUUUUGGUUACCAAAAAAGAUCACAUGUUUUGACACUGGAUGAAAUACUUUGUGUUGAUCAUGGAAAAGAUUACAUUAGAAUAUGGAAAUUACUGUUAUGAAUGUUUAUUUUUUAGCAUAGAUUGUAUUUUAUAAUAUUAAACAUGCCAUAUACAAAGAGUUAGUAUGUGGUAAAUUUUAAAAAUUUAAACGAAAAGUAUCUGGGAAAACCUACAGAAUAUUCUGUGCGACUCGAAGAGAUGAUUCGCUCAUGCAAGUAAUAGUUUCGGUGUCUCUCUCUAACCUCAAUUGGCACACUCGAUUAUCUCAUCUGUUUAGUUUCACUUAAUUAUAACUUCUCCCACUGAUGACGACACUGUCUGUGGUGCUGCACUUUGUAAAUAUAUUUAUUUGCUUGCUGUUACAAAUCCAAAUAUUGUUUCAAAAGAAAUACUGUGACAUUUUGGGAAUUAUGUUGUAUUUUUUUUAGUUUUUGCUGAGACUUAAUGGGAAGAUUGAUCAAACUCUCCUGUCUAUGCAAAAUGUCAAUCUGAUCACCUUUUUUGAGAGCGGACACCUGAGCUUAAAUCCAAUGCAUUAUACUUGCAGUUGCAUUAAUUUAAGAGGGGAGAGAAAAUGUUGAUGGUUAGGCUAAAAUGCAUAUUCUCAGUUUUAUUCAUAAACGUUUUAUCAAACAGAUUACACCCGUUGCCUUAAAAUUAAACUCCUAGCUGAAAUAUCAUUUUGAAUUUUUGGACUAUCAAAUCUGUCAUUACUGUCAAUUAUAGAGAAUUUGUGUCAUGGUUUGAAGAGCCCAGGGGCCAGGGGAGGUCAAAUCUGCUUAUUACUGUAAUAUAACACCACUGUUAGCAUUAUUAGAGUAUUUGCUUCUGAAUGAUCGCUUAAACACACAUCUGGAUGGAGAAUAGUUUAAAUUUGCUGUACUGGUGAAACUAAAGUUGAAAACCAGCCAGAAGGGUGUGUGCUCUUGUAAUGAACAAGGUGCAGUACAGGUACCAAUGAAAGAGUUUGUUUAUGUGCCAAAUCUUCACAAUUUUUGGUAAAUAUAAACUGUGAUUCAGUUCCAGUAUCAGUAGAUUCCUGUUUCAACAUACAGACAUCAUAGUCUUAUUGAACCCACAGCAAAAUGGGAAAAUGAAUGUAUUUUAAAAAAUACACACAAGCAGUUUUUGACUGUGAACUCCAUUAGUUUCUAUUUACGUACACAUAUAAAACAGUCUCACAACAACUGCAUGGCUUUUCUUCUUAGAUGUUCCAAAUUUAUUAGCUCAAUUGCCAACAGAUUUGCUGUUGUUGCAUAUAUAUCCAUAAUGAACAGUGCUUAUACAAAUCAGUGGACAACAAAAAGCCAACUCGAUAACAGCUGACCCCUUCCUAACAGUGUAGUGUGUUAUAAAUGGGUAAAGCUCAACAAGUUAAACAACAGAAACACAAUCAGACUUGGUUACACACAGUGUUAAUUGGCAGCUUAAUCCGCAUUUGGUGUUCUAGUGAGGACAGCACAGGAUUAGAUCAUGCAUUUGUGUUUAUGGUAAUGAACAAACAUGUCACCCAGUCCCACAGUCUGACGCACUUAUGUUCUUUAGCAGUUUAUCAGUAACAACAGAACUCUGUGGUACAAAUACAAGUAGUUAAUUAACAGCAUAGUUCGUUGUUUGUUGUGGGUUAUUCUGCAAGUGUGUGAAAAUGAUGAUAGAGUUCAGUUCCAGUUGGAUGAGUUUAAACGUACUCAAGCUGCCACUGAUGCUUUUCAUCGCACUGAUGCAGUGGUUUUAAAAUGGUGUACACAUGAUCUGCUUACCCAUCGUUUGUAGUAGUAGUUCAGACUUAUACUUUAUUUGGUUUUCAUUUAUUUUUAUUUUGUGUAGUUUUAAUUAUGGUUUUAGUCGGGGGGAUCCAUCGGGGCCUGUAUUUAAAGACACAGUGUUACCAGAUCUCAGAAAAAAAAGGUGUGACAAACAGUGUUUAUGUGGGACAAAGUAGGACAGGAUAAUGCAGGGAGGCAGUCCAAGAUAUCUGAAAGCAACUUUUCUGGCUUUCUUGCUCUCUUGUAAAUACAAGAAGAAUAAAAGGAUUCGGAAGCUGCCCUUCUUACUAGCGCAGAUUUAAGACAGUUGGGAUACACAAAUGCAUGAUGUGCCACCUCACACCAUAUUUUCUCCUGUGUGAAACUGAAAAAUAAAUUUAAAAAAAGACAUGUCAAUAACUCAAAAUAUACUGCUGCAAAGCUUGUUAUGUUUUGGUAACUUGAACUGAUGGGCUAAGCUUCAGUUGACUAUAAUAAACGUGUGCUUGAUCAAAGCCAUACUUUAGAAAAGUGUGAACCAGUCAAAAUGUGGGGCAUUGUCUCAAGAUGUGGGACAGGAGGACAAGGGAUGAAAUUGCAGUGCAGUCCCACAUGCAGAGGGCAUCUGGUCACCCUAGCUCUUACUUAUUGUCUAGUUGAGAGUUCAAGAAGACUAGCCUAGUUUCAUGCAAAGACUGAAAGUGAGAGAAACGAUGUAUGACCUGUGGCUGCUUCCAAAAGUCAAGCCCACAGACUGGCAUGUUAUAUAUUGUGUUGACUCAACCUUGCAAACAUUUGUACCUAAAUAACAUGUGGUCUAAUUCAGCUUUUUCAACCGUAACAAGUUAAUCAUGAAUUAAAUAAACUGAAAUCUGUCAUUUAAUUUAGACUAAAGCUCAUUUAAUUCAAUUCAGUGAGUGGCUAUGCUGCUAAGCUUAGCUAGCUCAUUUUUCUUUUUUUAAAGACAUUAAAAAAAAUUAUUCAUUACUUUUCUUCACCAAUUUUACCAAGCCUAAUAAACUCAAACUAUUUAAAUACAUUAAAGUAUGUGAUAUAUGAGGGAGCUUGUACUCAUGAAACCAUGAAAUCCAUUAUAGAGACAGGCACCACAGCCAAGCUUGACUAGCAACUUUAGCCGCCUAGCUUUUAGAAGGAUGAAUUCAUUCCCCUUGUAAGUUGUCCUGUGUCCUGCACACAUUACUGAAGCUUAAAACUUGCACAAAACAAACUAAAAGUUCUUCUAGAAUCAAGUCUGCUAUCUUGUUUUGUUUUUAGGUUUUUGGCAUGGUGCCAUAUUUCUCUUAUAAAAUCUCUACUUGGCUGUAACUAACUAACUAGGUACAUGUUGUUUUUUUUCUGUUUCAUAGUUAUUGCGAUUUUUGUUUUGUUUUGUUUGCUCAUUUUCCCCAAAAUUACACUCUAAAAUAUCUUUGUGGUAUAUAUUUUUUUAAAUGUAUUUUUAUAGCCAGGCUACUGUUUCCCUUGUUUCCAGUCUUUCUGCUAUGCUAAACUAAGCAGUUCCUGACAAAUCCAUGUUAACUGUACAGAUAUGACUUGUAUUGAUUUUUCUCAGCAAAAAUCCAAAUGAAACACAAUUUCCUAAAAUGUUGAACUAUUUCUUUAAGCCUUUUAUUUUUUUUAAUUUCUUACCUGAUUGUAGCAGCUUUGUUUAAAAAUGACCCAGCUAAACAGUAUAUUGUACCUUUUGCACCAAUUUCUCUACGUUCUUAUUGUCUGUACAGCUGUCGAGGUUAUAGAGAUUUCCAAAAGACAACAACAAAUCCAGCUCUCUAAGUUAUUCUUAAAAAAUUCAGUAUAUUUAAUGUUUGGAUUUCUGUUCUUGUUAAUAUUAUUUAAAUGCAAAAGGAAAAAACAAAAACAACCCAGUGUUAAUAAUAAAUAGCCCAGUCACAUGUAUCCGACGAAGUACAUCUUAAGUGAUGCACUGUGUUUAAUACAUAAGGAUACACCUUCCUCUACUCCCUCUACCAGUAGCAUUGUGUAUGAAAUGUUUUCAUAUGAGCCUUUCUUGACAGAGAUAUUCCACUCUGGAUUAUUCCAUUGUCUAUGUGGAACUAAUGCAAUAAUAGUUGAGGGGCAAAACAAACCUGUUGGCUGUUUUUUAGGGCAUGAUAGAUCUUUGCUGUUGUAGCGCUGAUUAAAUCUUAAUGCUGGGGUUUUAGGCAUUGUUUAAUAAAGAUGUAAUAUGCAAAUUAAA